UCGUUGCUCUGCAGACGGAAGAAAGGGCACGUUGCAUCGUUCUCUGACAAAUAAAUAGAGCCUUAUUUUCCUUCCUUUAGCUCGCAGCGCGUCUUUAUUUUGACGCUGACGUUGGGUGUGCUAACCGCCUAGCUAGCAGGAAGUGAAACUGGAGAGGAGGAUGCUUUAGUGGGGAACAUCAACAAGCUGAUGGUGACCCCACCAGGAUACGCCGGGAUCCCACGAAAAGGACAUCUGGUUUUUGAUGCUUGCUUUGAGAGUGGGAACCUGGGCCAUGUUGACUACAUCAGCGAUUUUGAGUUUGACCUCUUCAUCCGACCGGACACCUGCAAUCCUCGCUUCCGCCUCUGGUUUAACUUCACUGUAGAGAACGUCCGGGAGACACAGAGGGUCGUUUUCAACUUUGUGAACUUUUCGAAGACCAAGAGCCUGUAUAGAGAUGGCAUGUCUCCUGUAGUAAAGUCAACCAGCAGACCAAAAUGGCAGAGGCUUCCCCCCAAAAACGUUUACUACUACCGAUGUCCUGACCACAGGCGCAACUAUGUCAUGUCCUUUGCCUUUUGUUUUGACCGAGAGAACGACGUAUACCAGUUCGCCUACUGCUACCCCUACACCUACACCAGACUGCAGCACUACCUGGCCAGCUUGGAGCGCAGAAACCUUCCUUACCUGCAGAGAGAACAGCUUGGUCUCAGUGUGCAACAAAGACGUCUAGACCUGUUAACCAUCACCAACCCCGAAAACGUGAGUCCAGAGAAGGAGAAGAAGCUGGUUUUUCUCACUGCUCGUGUUCACCCCGGAGAGUCCCCCGCCUCCUUUGUUUGUCAAGGGGUCAUUGACUUCCUGGUGGGCCAGCAUCCAGUAGCUCAGAUCCUGCGUGAUCAUGUGAUCUUCAAGAUUGUCCCCAUGCUGAAUCCUGAUGGAGUCUACCUGGGCAACUACAGGUGUUCUCUGAUGGGCUUCGACCUGAAUCGCCACUGGCAGGAUCCCUCUCCCUGGGCACACCCCACACUGCACGCUGUUAAACAGCUCAUAGUACAGAUGAACCAAGACCCGAUGGUCAGUUUGGAGUUCUACAUUGAUGUCCACGCCCACUCCACCAUGUUAAAUGGCUUUAUGUAUGGAAAUGUGUUUGAGGACAAGGAGCGCGUCCAGAGACAGGCUGUCUUUCCACGACUGCUGUGCCAAAAUGCUCCAGACUUCUCUUUUUCAAACACAUCCUUUAACCGUGAUGUGGUGAAAGCCGGUACCGGUAGACGAUUCCUUGGUGGUCUCCUUGACGACACUUCCUACUGCUACACCCUGGAGGUGUCCUUCUACAGCUACAUGACAGCUGGCAGCACCGCCCCUGUGCCGUAUUCUGAGGAGGCUUACAUGAAGCUGGGCAGGAAUGUGGCUCGAACCUUCCAGGAUUACUACAAACUCAACAUCAUCAAAGACAACAUACCAAACCAGAUUCAAAGCCCCGAUGUGGAUUUACAGACGGGCAACAGUUAUGCUGGAAAGGGCGUUGGUGUUGGAAAGAACACAUCAGACAGAGAAAAGGAGAGGAACCAGAGUGUCAGACACUAGACAAUCUGGCGAACACAGACAAAAUGCAGAGCAUCAUUUGCAGGAACAUCCCUCACAGUUCAAUGUGUUUAUAAGCGCUACAUCAAGCCUAUCUAAAAAGAUGUAUAUUUGUCCAGAUUUAUAACAGUGGGAGGUGCAGGAUCUAAAUCAGAAUGGGUUUUGUCCUAAAUUGUUAAAAAAUAUGUAUUUAAUGCUGCUGAAAACUGGAUUAAAUUCAUCUGGCAGCUUCAUUGAUGUAGAUAAAUGCUUGCAUUGUAAAUGGUCUAUUUUGCAACUUCACAAAGUGUUAUUGUCUUUGAUGAACCAUUAAACAGUUAGCCACUAAA